ACGGGACAAUGUCAGGAUCCAAUUUGCCUGACGUCGUGCUGCUGUCGCUCGUGGUGGACCUGCAACUUUCUUGAUCAUUGAAAACAAUCCACUAUGCAGCACAUCUCUGCCGGGCUGUCCUCGGCCAAGCGACUGAUUAAAAACAGGUCAAAACAAUAUCAUUUCCAUCAACACACGCUUUCCGUCUAUCGCUAGCGUCGACAAUGCCAAACCAUCACGAUCACUACGAUGGCGCCGAGCCCAUCGAUCAUUCCCACGACCACGGCCAGGAUCACAGCCAUGAAGACGACCAAACCCCCGCGCUGCAGAAUCUCUUGUACCAGCAAAUCGAUACGUCUAAAGUGACAUGUUUGAACGAGGCGGUACCUCAGUCAGGGCGUGCCGUGCUACAGAAGACGUGGGCCCAGCGCUUCGAUCCAGAGCCAGAGCUGAGAAGUGACGCCGACGAGCAGCUGUUGCUAUACGUACCCUUCACUGGCCAGGUUCGGCUACACGAGAUUCUCCUCCGCACCUCUACGUCCGAAUCUGCCCCUUCAACGCUGAAAGUCUUUGUGAACCAGGACAACAUGGACUUUGAAGUGGCGUCACAAAUGGCUCCCACUCAAGUGUUCGAGCUUCCUCAGAGUAACGAGGUCCAGCCGCUCGCCGUACAAAGAGCCAAGUUCAGCACUGCGCGCAGCCUGACGUUGUUCUUCGAGGACAACUGGGGCGGGGACGACACGACAAUUAUAAGCUACAUUGCUUUCAAGGGAGACUUCAUGCAGUUAAACAAGGAGCCGGUGAGCUUUCUGUACGAGGCUGCGGCUAACCCAGCGGAUCAUCAGGCUAUCGUCGGCACGAAAAUUGGCGGCGCAGGGCAUAACAUCCGAGGAGCUUAGUGAAUGGGGUGUUGUUUGGAUGAGGACUGGUGCCAUGACCAUACCAAGGAGGACUCGGAGGAGCGGCUCUCGCUCUUGACUAGCAAUCAGUACGGAGUACUUUCGUUGGGAGAUUUCAGUCGGAAAUGCAGCUUCGAGUAGCAUUGAGACGUCACAUGCACUUGUUCCAGACACAAGGCCUCUUUGACAAUGCUGCUGUAUUCAGAGCGCAAGCAUAUAUGGUUGAGCCAACGUCACGUCAUCAGCUUAUGACAAUUUUUCACACUCCGUACGACCCCAUUCACACGCACGGAGUCGAAUGAUGAAUAACAGCGGCUUACCCGCAUGCCUUCACGGCUUUUCUUUGCUCAUGACUUCAUCUAACGCAAGUGCUAAAGUCACCACCUUUAUAAUCUAUCUCGGUCUCAAAUGAUGUGAGCGGGUAUCAUGCUUGUCUAGUUAUCUCGGAAAGCAAGUAAGAAGCAAACAAUAGCGCAUAGGCCAAAGCGUGAUCCUUAAGGCACAGUUUGAUACAGGACAUGCAAAGAACGCCGUCUCAAACGAGCCUCCCGCAUUCUGAAAAUUUUGUGGCAUGUCUUGGGCGCUUGCGUGACGGGGUGGAGCAACAAGGCGUCGCGAUGAAGGCCCUCUGUAGAAGUGGCUCGAGCUAGUCAUGGACGCGGAACACGGCUGAAGUGAUCGGAUAAGAUGAAAGAAAGAUCUCAUCCAACCAGCCAGGCAGAAAGACCGGGAACUUGCAG